GCAGACUGACUCGAGCUUAACAUCACUCAGAGUGAGGGCCAGGCGGAGUAAUAAACGUUUUGUUUGAGCCAUCAUGUCGCUUGGACGGUUUCCGUGGCUGCUUCUCCUGUUCGGAGACAUGUUCGGACAAGAGCAGCUGGAAACUCAGGCCGCUUCGGUUCCCAGCGCCAGAAAAACUUUAGUGUGGGGACCAGGGCUGGAGGCGGACGUGGUUCUUCCUGCUCGCUUUUUCUUCAUCCAGGCGGUGGACAAAUCAGGGACAAAUUUCACAACUUCACCUGGUGAGAAGACAUUUGAAGUGAAGAUUGUGUCUCCAGUAGAGCAGUUCACCAGAAUUUGGAUUCAGGUCCUGGAUCGUCAGGAUGGCUCCUUUUUGGUUCGCUACAGGAUGUACGCCAGCUACACUGACCUUCACAUCAGUGUUCUGCUCAAAAACAAGCAUGUCGCCAAUUCACCCUUCAUUCUCAAAGGUCCAGUUUACCAUGAAGGCUGCAACUGUCCUCAGCCAAGUGGCUCUCUGUGGCUGGAACACAUGCACUGUCCUCAGUCCUUCCAACAAAUAAACUGGGAUCUAGCUUCCUACACUAGUGUGGACCCAGAUCGUAAUGCUCAGGAGAUCCCACAGCGUUUUGGACAAAGGCAGAGCCUCUGCCAUUACACUGUCAAAAACAACAAGAUCUACGUCAAAACAUUUGGAGAACAUGUGGGAUUUCGAAUCUUUAUGGAUGCCAUCCUCCUGUCACUCACCAGAAAGGUCCAGAUCUCUGAUUUGGAGUUUUUUGUUAACCUUGGUGAUUGGCCAUUGGAAAAAAGGAAACCUUCAGACAAGAUUCAUCCCAUCUUCUCCUGGUGCGGCUCGAACAAUACCAGAGACAUCGUCAUGCCAACCUACGACCUGACAGAGUCUGUUCUUGAGACCAUGGGGAGAGUCAGUCUGGACAUGACGUCAGUGCAGGCCAACACGGGGCCAGCGUGGUCAGAGAAGAAUUCCACGGCCUUCUGGAGAGGACGAGACAGUCGCCAGGACCGUUUGGAGCUGGUGAAGCUUUCAAAGGCUCACCCCAAAUUGAUAGAUGCUGCCUUCACCAACUUCUUCUUCUUCAAACAUGAUGAAAGCCUCUAUGGGCCACUGGUCAAACAUGUAUCUUUCUUUGACUUUUUCAAGUACAAGUACCAAAUAAACAUCGAUGGCACUGUGGCAGCAUAUCGGUUGCCUUACCUGCUGGCAGGAGACAGUGUUGUCUUAAAGCAGGAUUCUGGGUACUAUGAGUAUUUCUACAACGAGUUGCAGCCGUGGAAGCACUACAUACCUUUUAAGGCUGACCUGGGAGACCUGGUGGAGAAGAUCCAAUGGGCUCGUGACCAUGAUGAAGAGGCACUGAAAAUAGCACUAGCAGGUCAGCAGUUUGCCCGAAAUCACCUCAUGGGAGACAGCAUAUUUUGUUACUACUACAAGCUUUUCCAGGAAUAUGCAAAACUCCAAGUUACAGAGCCAAAGGUUCGGAAAGGUAUGGAACUUGUGGAACAGCCCAGUGAUGACCUGUUCCCAUGUUUGUGCCACAGGACAAUGACCAAAGAUGAACUUUGACAUUUCAGAACAACCCUUCAUAUGCAAGAGUAUAUAUAUAUUUAAGUUGCCAAAGUGUGAACUAAUUUGUGAAGAUUUUGGUUGCAAUGUCUGAUUUUCUUAAUAAAGAAUU